CAAAAAAGAAAUUUGUCGUCAACUUCGCGUAUUUGUGCUCGAGUAUAUAGGCUAAUGUGAGAGCGAUGAGAUUUCAUAUUGUGUGGGUAUCUGUAGGAAAAGUAAGAUGAAUGAAGAGUACUCCGGACUAUGGGAAAAUUUCAGAGCAAACAUGCUUUUAAGAAGAGAGAAGGCCCAGAUGGUGAUUGCUUUGUAGUUAAUGCUCACGUGAACCCAACGUGCAAGGACGGCCAGUUUGACACAUCAAAAUCCACAUCUGAUCUUGAACAGAGCCUGAAGAAAUCGAUAUCGGAGCUGUCGUUCGGAGCCUGUAGCGUGGGAGAGAGUUGUCUAGCCAUGAAGGAGAGACAGGGCUUUGCUGAGGAUUCAUACCCACUAAAAGUAAUCCUGCCACCAGAGGGCUCAGAGGCAGUCGAGGGAGCGGCCGACGGGGAUAAGCUAGAUAAGAGAGCCGUGAGGGUGAACUGGGUGUCGGACCAUGACAACGCUGAGGCUGCUGCCAUGAACCUCCAGCAAUUCGAAUGUGGAAUGCAGACGGAUGGGCAGGAGUGGCAAUUUACUCUGUACGACUUUGAUGGCUGCGGUCGUGUCACAAAGCAGGAUCUGUGUGGACUGAUACAGUCAAUCUACGAUGCGGUCGGCAAGAAUGUGGAGCUUCCUAAGUGUGGUAGCCGCACGCUGAACGUUCGACUCACCGUCUGUCCGAUGGACGAGAGAGCGAGAGCAGUAGCAGCAGCAGAGCGCACCGCGGGACGUGCUGGAAACAGGCCACAGGAAACAAAUCUGCAGGAUCGACAAGCGAAACGAUAUGGUCCAGGUACCCUGUGUAUAAUGGAGAUAUCGAGGCUUCGCUACAGAGUAAAGCAUGGUCUUCGGACGAAGGCAGUGGCCUCCGCACGUGCGCCAGUCCGCAGCAAGGAUGGAUAUGUGGAGGUGCACUUGAACGUGAGGAGAAAACCAAAGAAACAUGACAAAGAUGCAAAGCCAACGAAUGGCCUGAGCAUAACAAAGAAGCAGAAUUGCGACCACAGCGGCAAGGUGGUUACAACGCCAGCUAAGUCCGUCACGCUGGUAUUGCCGACGGACGGCGGCGCCACACCGUUUGGCAAGUCGAAGCCAAAGUUCGGUAACAACCGGGAGCACACGCUACUGAGCGAGAGUGCGGACCGACGCAAUCAUUACCUGGACCUCGCCGGCAUUGAGAACUACUCGUGCCGCUUCCAGGAGUCUCCCGAGAACAAUCGCGACGCGGAGACGGCGCUGACUCCUUGUGCGAGCAGGACGGCGGCGGCGGCGGCGGCGGCGGCGGCGGCGGCAGCGGCCGUGGGGAGGCAGCACCGGUCGCGCUCGCAUGAGGUGCGAUACGACAGUCUGAAGCACUACGACCUGAACAUCCCGAGCGAACGCUGCCUCAAGCUGCUCGAGGAGAAACCGCCGAGACGCUCGCGCUCGCUCGAGGAACAACACCGGCACAAGCCGGCCGCCAGGGCGCAGCACAAGCGCAGUACGUACGUCGCCAGGGGGCACGCGCAGCGGCCGACCAGCAUGCACGUUCAGGGCCUGCGCUUGGAGGAGAUGGCCGUUCAGGGCCUGCGCUUGGAGGACAUAGAGGCGUCGUCGUCGGCGCAUCACCGGCGCCACCACCGGCACCGCGAGCGCGAUCGCAGGCUCGCGAUGCAGCAGGUGGCCGCGUGGAUCGAGAGCGAGUUUGUCACGUACGAGGAGAAGGUGGAGCCGGGCAAGAUUGUCAUACAGCGACACGAGCACCACCACCACCACGAGCACCACCACCACCACCACUACCACCACUACCACGAUACGUAGCUGAGCGUAGCCGGGGUACAGAUAGCAUCGGGGCGUGCGAGCUGUGCUUGGACAUUGCGCACGUUACUGCACGAACAUCAGCUUCAGCUGUUGGUAGGCGCAAAAUCUUUACUGUCCACGACUCCAUGCUGGUAGCUCCACGAUAAACUGCUGCCAUGGUGACAGCUUUAUGAUUACCCAUUGCCAUGGUAACAGCUUUAUGAUGAAUUGUUGCCAUGGUGACAGAGCUCCAUGAUAAACUGCUGCCAUUGUGACAGCUUCAUGAUAAACCAUUGCCAUGGUGACAGCAGCCAUUAUUUACUACACUGCAUACUACUGAAUGAAUACAAAGAGAUAUUCGUUGACAUAACAAUCCUGGCAUAAUAGUAACAAUAAGUGAAUAAUACUCUUUAUCCUAAAUUGCCUAAUUUUAUUAUUACAUGAAUUCGUUUUUGACACAUAUUGCUCUAGCAUAAAUUAUUUCGAAUAAGAUUGUUGUUGAUAAAAGUAUGUGAAUAUACAGACGUUUUUAUAUGACUGAUUAGUGAAUGGUAUGCAUGUUUAUUAAGAGAUACAAGCUUACGGUAAAUGAUAAGCUUUUCAUGUUUCAGUAUUUGUAUGAAUAAGCUUAAUGACGGGUGAAUUUAUUGAAAGUAGUUGGACGUUGUAAAUACAAACAGGAGGUGUACUUAGUAAUGUGCGUGGGAAAAAUCUCUGGACGUGAGUUACAUAAGUAUUAAAUAAUAUAUUUUACAUAAGCAUGUAUCGUUUGAGUUGAGAUUCGUUUAAGCAGCCGUGUGCUAGUCACUGCGAUUAUCACUGUCAGCUUCUCCACGUGUUCAGACCACGUGUAGUAGUCAACCAAUCACAAGUGUGAACCAAUCACACGUGGCGACUAUGCUACACCACCCAUGAUGUGCGUUUGCUGUGCGUCGCUUCUGCGUGAUCUAUGAAAGCAUCUAUUUUGUUACAAACUACGUUAUGUGAUUACUACAUGUUUUCCAACUGGCAUAAUUGUAACCUGUCUAAAUCAGUAACAAGACCUUGCAAUGCAGAAAAACACAUCUCUAGUUAGUCUGUUACAGUGGGGUGCGAAGGGGAGAGAAGGAGCGGGAGAGAGGUGUAGAUUGACUGUAAAUAUCAUGUAUUUAUCUUGUAAUUUUUGUACACUAUUCGCUAGAUUAUAGUGUAUUUAUAUCAUUAGAUUAGUAGAAUCCUCGCAGAGAAAUCGUUGUGAUUGAUAUUCGUGUAUGCAGGUAUUUAGGUUGUAGCCGUGAUUACAGUUGUAUUCAAUGAUAUUGCUGCGUCAGUGUUGUUAUGGGAGCAGCAUAUAAAUGCACUCGCGAUUGUAGGUUUUGUUAUUUAAGAGCAGGCUGUUGGUAUACACACCGUAUGUCUACUGACGCAAACAGUUUGUAGGUGGUGCGGUGAUUUGAUGCCUUGGCGCUUAACGUCAGACUGUUGGGACAAUUAUUAUCUUUAGUACUUCCUGUUGAUUUCCAUUUUAUACGUCGAUGGCUACAAAUCCAAAUCUCACCACCUAUAGUUUCGGGAAUCAUGAAAUGUUGGAAAAAUUAAAUGUCUUCCGAAGCGUGUAAAAAGUUGCCUCUGUAUGGAUAGCUGCGAGCAAACUGCAUGCAGUGGCAGCAGUGCCCCUUCGUACACUCAGGAUACGAAGUACACUCAGUACACUCAGUAGAUUGAGCCCAUGAGCGAGAGCGCCAUCUGUCGUGGAGUUUGAGCUGCGAGUCGACUGCCUACGCCACCUGGUGACUGAUGUGCGUAGUACUAUCUAAGCCCAGAGGCGGGUGAACCAUAGUUAUGUUGUACACAUUAGUGUGUAUAUAUAGAGAGAGAUAUCUAUGAGGGUGAGCAGCGUUAUGUAGACGCUCAUGAUAAUUCUUGCCAGUUUAUCCAGCUUCAUAUAUUUUGAUAUGUGCUGGUAAUUUUUAGUUAUCAAUUUCGGCUGCAAGUGUAAAUAAGGUCGCAGAAACCAAGUCUUUUAGUUUUUACCUCCUCGUUUUGAUUUCGUCGGGAUGAUGACGUCAUCAGCGCAGUAUUCUCCGUGUCAAAUCUAUUGAGCUAUUUGAACUUUCUUAUGUAGUUUGCGCUGCUGUCGUUAGAUACGUAGUACUUCCUUCUUCUUGUACAUACAUGUAUGUAAAUUGUAGAACAUUGCUUUCGUACAAAGCUCUGUGUCCAUUUGGAUGUUUGCGAUCUUAUGUUUACGCUGUGAACUCACAGUUGGUCGUGGUAGUCUUUGAUCGGUUAUUUUUACGAUGCCAUGAAGUGCCACGAUGUGAAAUGGUUUUAUCUUUAUCAUGGUAUUAUUAUCACGAUGGGAGAGUUUUGUGUUAUAGGUCGUUGCUACGUAACUGUGCUCCAAAGUUAUUUCUAGUUCAUGUGUCAUUUAUCUUCAGCUAUCUCAAAUAAAUAACAUUCACAUGAA